CGUUGCAACUAAAGAGUUGAUCAUUGUCGUGUAGCAGCAAAGUGCUUUAUUCUUCUUAUACUACACAACAAUUUCCCAAUGCAGAUGGAUGUUAAUGAAAGAAUGACACAUUGUACUUAAUGUUAUGGAACAUCCAUAAAAAAUUGAGUUCCUAUUACUCAUGUAAUAGCAGUUAUAAAACAUCCCUCACAGAAUAACUAAUAUUUCUGUUUUUCCCCCCAUAAGGAAGUGCAUUCAAAUAAUUACAUGAACAAAUGAAUUAAUGGGUCAAAGAGUGAAUAACUGAAAGAAAGAACGAGUACAAAAAAGGAAGUCUCUUUCCAUGGAGAUCCACACUGAGUUUGUGUAGGCUUUUGGAUCAUUUCAGUUGGAACCCCACACUUACUGCCUCACUCUCUCCAUCAGAAACGGGCUGAGACUCGGAGCGAUGGUGGAUUGGCGAAUAAACCCAGCUCCUGUCUUCUGGAGGCUGCGGUUACACCACCAACACAACAGCAGGGGGAGUGACAGAGGUAUGCACACACAGACAGAUGGCCACGCAGCACGGACAACAUGAGAGAAAGACAGAUAAAGAGACAAGAGUGCGACAGACAGAGAAAGCAAAAGCAUGAGCAUCACUAUGCCUCUGAUUUCCCUGGCGAGUUUGUGGACUCUGAAGCAGGAGCUGAGCAAAAACAAAGAGAGGUAUGAGAACAUUCAGAAGUUCAGCGAGGAGGCCAGGUGGUUGGAGCAGUCAGAGGCACUGCAGCAGGCCAGGAGGAAAUAUAAAAGUAAUGAAUCACAAACAGUGAGGACUUCCGAGGUGUCAAAGGAUCCUUAUCAGAAACAGUAAAAGAAGUGUGGUACAGUGAACUUCCUUUUUGAGCAUGCAUAUGUGAUAUUUUUAUGCUGCAUGACUGAAUGCAAAACAGUGUGCUUUCUAUUAAGAAAUGCUACUAAAGGAGAAGUGCUGACCCGAAUUUCCUGUGAUAUCUUUCCACUUCCUGAUAUCAUUAAAGCUGUAGUUCAGAAGAAAGACUUUAAAAUGUGUAAUAGCUGUUAUCAUAAUUUUAUAGUAUAUGAUUGUGAGUGAAUUUGUGUCAUUGGAUUAGAUUUAUACCAUGGUACUGUUGAAUUCUUGACUUGGAUUGGUCAGAAGGUGUUGUUAAUUCUCUAUAACAGCAGCUCUGACAGUAGUUCCUGGUUCAAGGCAAAUCACAGGUUUAUAGUAAUACACUCAUUCUUACACAUUAUUGUUUCUAUGGUAACUUAUACAUAGCCUAUUAUGGGUAUAAAGAAUGGCGACGUUUUCUGUGAGGAGACAUUCAUUUAGCAUUUAUUGAAGGAGUCUUGGUGUCAGCAUUUUGCAAGAGAGGUGAAGAUUUUUUUUUUUCAUGGGAAAGUCAUAAUAAUCGCAGUCAUAAUAAUCUUUUUUCUCCCUCUCUCCUUUCGCCGAGCCCCACAUGAAUUUAUGGAGAUACUAGAGAUCCAGAUCCUUUCUGCCUCUGGAUGGAGCUCAAAUCUUCUCUAAUUCCAGACUGCUGGGACUACGGCUGCUCCUAAGGCCAUACAGACUUCAUAUAAAUCCAUAAUGAACUUUUUCACACUAUCUGUUGUUACCCAGAUGAGGAUGGGUUCCCUUCUGAGUCGGGUUCCUCUCAAGGUUUCUUCCUCUUAAAACAUCUUAGGGAGUUUUUCCUUGCCACCGUCGCCACUCAGUGGCUUGCUCAGUUGGGAUAAAUUCGCACCUUUAAUAUCUGUAUACCAUGUUGAUAUUUCUGUAAAGCUGCUUUGAGACAAUGUCUAUUGUAAAAAGCGCUAUACAAAUAAAAUUGAAUUGAAUUGAAUU